AUUUUAUAUUAAAAAAAAAAAAUUCAAUCAACUGUCAUUUUUAAUUUUUCUUGAAAUGUGAAUUUAAAACAAGAAUUCAUGAAUAAUUUUAAUUUCUCUAGCUGGUAUGAGAAGUUUAAAGAUAUAACAAUCCCAGGUUCAUGCAUAGUAGUUCCUGAGGAAUUAUCCAAUUUUAUAUUAAAUGCUAAAUUUAUUUUACCUUCAGAAGAAGAAGAGAAAAAGAUGUCUGAUUUUGAAAUAUUAUCUGAUAGUGAUGAGGAAAUAAAGCAAAAUAUAAUACCUCUAAAAUUUGAGAAAAAAUUGCUUAAUUUAAUUGUUAAAUUUGGAGGUAAUGUGUUUCCUAAGUUUAAUCAAAAGGCCCCUAUAGAUGCUAAAUGGAUAAAUAUAAAUUAUAGCUUACUUUGCACAUCUUGUCAAGAAAUAUAUAUAUUGCUAAAAGCAUCUAAUAAAAUAUUGCUGAAUUCUGAUAAUGAUAAAAAUGAAUUGGUUAUUAAAAAGUGGAUAAAUAUCAACCCUGCAUAUGAAUUUAGAUGCUAUGUUAUUGAAAAAAAAUUAUUUGCCAUAUCACAGAGGGAUGUUACCCAUAAAUAUGAUUAUAUUCAGGAUGAAUGCCUUAAAAUAUGUGAAGAAACUUUGCUAUUUUUUAAUAAUUAUUUAAAUAGCUUUCCUGAAAAACAUUAUAGCUUUGAUAUAUAUAGGCCUUGCUCAGAUAAAAUUAUAUUGAUAGAUAUCAAUCCACAUAUACCUGAUCAACAAUCAUACCUACUAUUCAACCUAGAUGAUUUUAAUUGCUCCAAUAUUAGCUCAAUCAAGGCUUCAUAUUUUUAUAAGUCAGAUGAAAAAAAUGAAAUUGCAUUUAGAUUUAUACAAGACAUGGACAAUAUUCAAUUAAAUUCUAACACCUUUAACAUGUUACCUGAUGAACUUUUACAAUUUGAUCAGCUAAUAAAUAUACAAAAUAUAAAAGAAACUAUAACAAAAUUAAAUUUCUAAGCUUAUCAUUAGUAAUUAAAGUAAUAAUUUAUUUAUUGUAAAUAAAUUUUUAUUGCAAUGCUUAUGUACUAAUAUUAAUGGGGAUCACAUAUUUUGGUCACAAUUUUAGGACACUUUCUUAGGUUUAAGAUUAUAAGGAGAUUGUCAAUAUUAAGAAAAUAUUUAAGCCACCCUUUCGCAAAUUAUAUUUUUUUACCUUUAUUAAUUUUACCAUAUAAAAAAAUUUAUUAUUUGCUAUAAACUUUUGAUAACAUAUUAUAUCAGCAACUAUUGAAAUAAAGAGAGAAUUUACCCUUAAAUUAAUAUAAGUCAAAAUAAAAAGACUAGAGUUGUUAAAGGAUCAGUAUCCAGGAAUGGAUUAACCUA